CCAGCGGCUUUGGGUAUCUUCAUCUUUUCGAUAUUGACGGCGCUCUACAAUUGAUCCGCCGCAGCGACGGGAUGAACUACGGCGCUUAUGGCCGCCUUAUCCAGCACUGCACCGAUCAACGAUUCUUCCGCCUCGGUAAGCAGCUUCACGCUCGUCUUGUUUUAUCAUCAGUCGCUCCGGAUAACUUCCUCGGAUCGAAACUCAUUGCCUUAUACUCAAAAUCCGGCAGCCUUAGAGAUGCGUAUAAUGUGUUUGAUAGCAUUUCUCACAAAAACAUUUUCUCUUGGAAUGCUUUGUUUAUCAGCUACACUCUUCACAAUAUGCACGCUGAUAUGCUGAAGCUGUUUUCGUCUUUGGUUAAUUUAAAUUCGACGGAUGUGAAGCCUGAUAAAUUUACGGUUACUUGUGUUUUGAAAGCGUUGGCGUCUUUGUUUACGAAUUCGAUUUUGGCUAAGGAAGUUCAUUGUUUCGUUCUUCGACGAGGGCUAGAAUCUGAUAUUUUUGUUGUCAAUGCUUUAAUUACUUUUUACUCGAGGUGUGAUGAGCUGGCUUUAGCGAGAAUUAUGUUUGAUAGAACGCCUGAGAGAGAUAUAGUGUCUUGGAAUGCGAUGGUGGCUGGGUACUCGCAGGGUGGGUUAUAUGAAGACUGCAAGGAACUAUUUAAAGCGAUGUUGGGUUCAGGAGAGCCGAAGCCUAAUGCAUUAACCGCAGUCAGUGUUUUGCAAGCUUGUGCUCAUUCAAAUGAUCUAAUUUUUGGGAUGGAAGUUCAUAAAUUCGUCAAUGAAAGCGGGAUUGAAAUGGAUGUUUCACUAUUCAACGCUGUUAUUGGAUUAUAUGCAAAGUGUGGUAGCUUGGAUUAUGCACGGGAGUUGUUCGAAGGAAUGCCUGAGAAAGAUGAGGUCACCUAUGGCUCAAUGAUAUCAGGCUACAUGGUCCAUGGUUUUGUUAACCAAGCAAUGGAUCUUUUUCGAGAACUGGAAAGGCCAGCAUUGAGCACAUGGAAUGCUGUGAUUUCUGGUCUGGUUCAGAACAACCAACAAGAUGGAGUUGUAGAUAUAUUUCGAGCAAUGCAAUUGCAUGGUUGCAGACCAAAUACUGUGACACUUGCGAGCGUUCUUCCCAUUUUCUCACACUUUUCAACCCUGAAAGGUGGGAAAGAAAUUCAUGCUUAUGCUGUUAGAAACGCCUACGAUGGGAAUAUUUAUGUUGCUACUGCCAUCAUUGAUUCUUAUGCUAAGUCUGGUUACCUCCAGGGGGCACGCCAAGUUUUUGACCAAUUAAAACGUAGGAGUCUAAUCAUUUGGACUGCAAUAAUUUCAGCGUAUGCUGCGCACGGAGAUGCUAAUGCGACUCUAAGUCUUUUUUAUGAGAUGCUGACAAAUGGCAUUCGACCUGACCCGGUAACCUUUACAUCAGUAUUAGUUGCCUGUGCCCAUUCAGGAGAGUUGGAUGAAGCCUGGAAGAUAUUUAAUGUCUUGUUACCAGAGUUUGGGAUUCAACCACUAGUCGAGCAUUAUGCUUGCAUGGUUGGAGUCCUUAGUCGAGCAGGAAAGCUCUCUGAUGCAGUUGAAUUUAUUUCUAAAAUGCCAAUUGAACCUACUGCAAAAGUUUGGGGUGCUUUGCUCAAUGGGGCUUCUGUUGCUGGUGAUGUUGAACUUGGAAAGUAUGUUUUCGAUCGUCUCUUUGAUAUCGAGCCUGAAAAUACUGGUAACUACAUCAUCAUGGCUAAUUUAUAUUCACAAUUUGGAAGGUGGAAAGAAGCUGACAAUGUUAGGGAUUUGAUGAAGGAAGUUGGAUUGAAGAAGAUCCCGGGUAGUAGCUGGAUAGAAACAAGGGAAGGGCUGCAGAGUUUUGUAGCUAGAGACACUUCAAAUGACAGGACUCCAGAGAUUUAUGGAACGUUGGAAGGAUUGGUUGGGUUGAUGAAAGAAGAAGGACUCAUUCAGCAACAUGAGAUAGAUGACGACUGUGGCAGUGGUUAGCGCAUGGGUGAUCAUCCAAGGAAGCAUGGAACAUAUAACAAGACGACCUAUGAAGCACAUUGGUGUACCAUUCCUCUGCUUGGAUCACGCUCCUCGAAGAUAAACUAGCUUGUUGCAUGACAGGAGAGUCCAUAGCAUUAGUCAUUCCUUGAAACGUUGUGGACUUAUAUCUGAUUUCAUCUCAACAAGCCAAUUGAGAACCGCGCAAACUAGCUGCAGAAAAAUGGUUCUCCAUUGACCAAAGCUGUUCUUUCUGCUGGCAAUUAACUUGCCCUCUCUAUUUAUAGGCCAAGCUAUCUGUGUAGGCACAGUAGGUUCACAGAAGCAUAAUGUUGAAGGCUGCUAGAAUUCGUCCGGAAGGGGUAAAUAUAUUCAUGAAUGCGACUACGAAUGAAAAAGGAGUUUGAUAUUUAGCUCUGCUGGUGGGUAAUAAGGAUUAUUUAGUUCAUAAUAGUAUAUGAUUCAAGAGUUCCAGAUUACAUUUCUGACAUGAGAGAAAGGUAGGCAGCAAGUUGAAUGGUUACUUAAUAGAUUUGUAGCCUGAUGAAGAUGGUUAUAUGUCGUUAGUUGAGAGCUAGACAACACUGCAGCUUGUAGGCUUUGUUAAUUUCGGAUUCCCAAAGGAUGCCGAAAAUGGACCCAGAUCGAUGCUUAUCGUAUAUAAUAUUUGAUAAUCCCCACAAAAGCAUUACUUUAUGCUCCGUAUAAUUGUAAGGUGAUUUUGGAAUGCACUUUAGUAUUUCUUUCAACGGAGGUGGGUGACACUUCACUUUCAAAAGGCUGUUGCGUUCCUUGCUUCAGAUAUCUCAAUCACGAUGCCUUCAGUUGAAACCACUCAACUUCCCUCAAGCUGCAUCUUGCAGGUAUGAAAGGAAAAUUGCUAAUAUUAAAUUCUUUCGUACAACUGCCUUGAAGCUUAAUAAAAUAAAUGUAGUGAUUUAGCUUAGUAUAGCCGACAAUAAUAUUUCAUAUUAAAUAGUAGCUUGUUCACUAAAUCCUUUACUUAGUAUACUUCAUUGCUUCUGACUCGUUA